GAGGAUCAAGAACUCAGAGAGUUGAAGAAGAAGAUCAAAAAAGAUCGAAAGAGGGAGAAGAAGGAAAAGAAAAAGGCUAAAAAGGAGAAGAAGAAACUGAAGAAACUGUUGGAAAGCACUGAUCGUGAUGUGAAUGCCGAUUGGAAGGACCAGUCGAAAUUGCUUGAUAAACUUGUAAAGGAAGAUGAUCUAUACGGCCAAAAUUCACACUUCAACUUUGGCAAAAAGACUGAAGCACCUGAAGAACCCACGCAUAAUCCUCGUCCUGAUUUCGAGAAGGCUGAUUGGCGUGAUAUUGAAAUAUGGAAAGAGAUUCGUGAACGUGAAAAAGCCGAACAAGCACCAAAGAAAGUCGAUUGGAAGCCAGAAGAACACUAUGUUUCAAGUCGAUAUCGUUAA